UAAGGCCUCAGCAUAUGCCGACAAAGCUAGAGCAAGUUUGAUUAUUAGCCUUGCGCCUACUCUACGAGCAGAAAACCCCCGUGGAUACCCCUCCAUCUCCUGUCCACCUUGCGCUCUUCAUCUCUGCUUUCUAUCUCCCCAGACAUUGUUUAUCAAACUAAUACUGAAUACCGAGACACCUACCAUGGCGAUGCGCCGCCCAGCGGCAACCGAAUACACAGUAGGAUGGGUGUGUGCUUUGUCUAUCGAACUUGCUGCUGCCGAAAUCCUACUCGAUGAAGAAUAUGAACCACCGCCUCACGACGAAGACGACUUAAUCGCCUACACCUUCGGACGUAUCGGAAAGCACAAUGUGAUCAUAACAUGCCUUCCCGCGGGCCAAAUGGGCAUCGGUCCAGCUGCAGCGGGUGCAGUUCGGAUGCAGUCCACAUUCAAAUCGAUCCGCAUCGGCUUGAUGGUUGGAAUCGGCGGUGGAGUUCCGAGUGCUCAAGCCGAUAUUCGACUCGGUGACAUCGUGGUCAGCCAGCCUCGUAACCAGUUUGGCGGAGUCGUCCAGUACGACUAUGGUAAGACGGGGAAAGAUGGCCGUACAACCCGUAUUGGUUCAUUGAACUCCCCGCCCAAGAACCUACUGAAUGCUUUGUCAAAACUACAAGCUCGACAAUUUCAAGAAAAGCAGACCUUUCAACCCCACCUGGCCGUCUUUGAUCAAAAGUCGACAUUCUGUAGAGAAUCCGCAGGCCCCGACGUCCUUUUCGAAGCAAAAUAUGACCAUAGCGGCGAGGUUACAUGCAGUAAUUGCAGCAGUGAACGUCAAGUUCCUCGGAAGGCACGAAAUCCUGGGAACAUGGUGACCGCCCACUAUGGAACAAUUGCCUCGGGUAAUCAGGUCAUCAAGGACGGUCCAACCAGGGAUAAGCUCAGUGCCGACCUAGGUGGCGUUCUGUGCUUCGAUAUGGAGGCAGCAGGCUUGAUGAAUGAAUUUCCCUGCUUAGUAGUUCGGGGUAUUUGUGACUACGCCGAUUCCCAUAAGAACAAGUCCUGGCAGCCGUAUGCCGCGGCCACCGCUGCGGCGUACGCAAAGGGGCUCUUACUGCUGGUCCAAGCUGCAGAAGGUGUGGGGAACACAAGAACAGAGUUCAAUCAGGCGGUGGUCGCAAACAACAGCAACGUUCCCAACUACAAGCUUCCAUUCAUCCUUAAGGGUGUACCGGUCGGCAAGUUGGCACAUCGCAUACUAGACCAAGCCACGAUCGAACGAGCCCUUUUGGUGCAGGACUCGACCCAAGAACGGCGGAUCAUGGUACUACACGGCUUAGGUGGUAUGGGUAAGACCCAGCUUGCAGUGGACUUUGCUCGGCAAAACAAGAACAAGUUCUCCGCGGUCAUAUGGCUUGACGGCAGCAGCGAACACAGCUUGAAGCUGAGCCUCGCGUCAUGUGCCAAUCGAAUUCCGGAAGGGCAGAUCUCUGAACCAAGCAGAACCUGGACACCCCAAAGUAACAUCGACGUCAACACAGUUGUCGGGGACGUCCUACAGUGGCUAGAGAUUCCGGACAACGAUAAAUGGCUGCUAAUUGUGGACAAUGUCGACCGUAAUUAUGAACGUCGCGAAGAAGACCCUGACGCGUACGAUAUCGAGGCUUACUUGCCCAACGCUGAUCAUGGGUCUGUCUUAAUCACUACGCGUCUCGCGAGUCUCGGGCAACUCGACCAGCGCCUAGAAGUGAAGAAAGUUGACACCGAUCAGGCACGCGCCAUUUUCGAGGUUUGGUACGGGAAAUCAAUUGGUAGUCAAUCCAACGAUCUACUAGCUCUUCUGGAUGGUCUCCCGCUGGCUUUAGCCCAAGCUGCCGCAUACAUGGCUCAUCAUGGUAUAAGCUGUGAAACAUAUAUCCGACUAUAUGGUGAGCAGUGGGAAGCCCUCGGACGCCAGUCACUACGCAAUUAUGAGCGUGGCAGUAUCUCCACAACUUGGAUGAUAUCUUUUGCAGCUGUUAAAAGAAAAAGCAAGGUUGCUGCGAAUCUCCUUCUUCUCUGGGCACACCUCGAUAAUGGAAACUUUUGGCAUGGACUAUUGAAGCCCAGAGACCACAAAAAUAAUUAUUCGGAGAUAGCGACUAGAGUAACAUCAUCCUGGGUCGGAGACAUCACGACGAACGAAAGCGAGUUCAUCAAUGCCAUGGGAAUACUACGUACUUAUUCACUCAUCGAAGACACCGAGGACCAGACGGGCUGGGUGAUGCAUUCGGUGGUGCACCAAUGGGCCUUGCACAUUCAAGACGACGAGCAGCGGACUGCACUGUUAUGGAUUGCGAUUGUCUCCGUCGGUUUUGCUCUCCCAAGUGUAGUCAAGAAUGACGACUUCUGGCUAAUCAGGCCGAGAUUAUCUGCUCAUGUAGAGCGAUGUAGCAGAGUCAUUGAUAUGCAUUUAACAACGAUACUGGAGAACCAACACCCGCAUUGGCAAAACCAAGACGAAUACCCACUGCUCUGGUCGGUGUGGAGGUUCGGCUAUUACUACAACGAUAUCAAUGCGUAUGGAAAAGCGAAGGAGCUGUUGAACCAGGCAGUCCAGAUGUCCGAGAAAGAAUUUGGCCCCAAUCAUACGCUAUUAGGUUUUGCGGCAUCAAGAUUGGGCUUCGCUCAUUAUCAAAAUAACGAAGUGGAUGAGGCAGAGAUGCGAUACAAUCAAGCAAUACACAUUCUCGGCCAAUCCUGGCGUACUCGUGGAGAUCAAAUUCACUUAAUGGGAGACUUGGGUGAACUUUACAGUCACACGAACCGAUUCGAAGAAGCUGAAAAUAUUUUGCAAGAGGCACUGUUAAGAUCAGAGAAAGCAUUUGGAUCGCAAGAUCCCACUACGUUAAGGAUACUUUUCUAUCUAGGCAUACUGUAUGCCGAGAUUUGGAAGAUGGACGAUGCUGUAGAGAUGUUGAAUAAAGCAUUGUCAGGUCGCAUCAGGGUGUAUGGACCAGAGAAUGUAUUCACUUUAGUAGUACUCAAUAGACUAGGUGAUGUAUACAGAAGAAUUGGUCAUCUAGACAAGGCAGAAGAACUUCUUCAACAAGCUAUUCAAGGCUUUGAAAAGUCACUGGGUCCAGAGCAAUUUUUUGGGAAUUUGUCGGCGUUGAAUAAUAUAUGGAACAUAGGGUUCCUUCGCGAGGCGCAGCGGCGGUGGAGUGAGGCGAGGGAUUGUUAUCAGAAAGCCCACUACGGUCACUCGAUGAUCAUAGGUGAAGAUCAUCCUGGAACGAAAUGGUUAAACGAGUGUUUCUAUCGCAUGGAGAUGAUGAUCAAAUCAGAAUCCCAGGAAGAUUCUCGCACCAGUAUGCAAGAUGAAGUGGACGUAGAGAACAUUGCUACAGAGACACCCACGAGCAGUAGAUUGAAAGGAAAAGAAAGGAAUCAAGGAAGUGAAACUCAGAUGCCGCCUGCGGUAGCGACUGAAACCCAAUCAAAAAGCCGAAAGGGCUCACAUAGGAGGAAUUCCACAGCAAAAACACGGGUGCCAGAAGCCCGGCCACCCAAGUUGUUUAGAAAGGGGGAAGAGGUCAAGUCAAGUACCCGGGAAGAUCAUCGUGCAGAGACACGCAGAGAAAAGCGAUCUAAAUCAGGGAAAUCAGAUCAUCGAGAAGCGCACCGGAAAGACAGAUACCGAACGUCUGCACAAGAGUCACCGAGUGAAUUGCGUCAGAUGACUCGCCGUUGCAGGGACAUGUUUCAUUGA